AUGGAUAUCAGUAGUCAACACCUUCAGGCGGGAAUUCGUUUGUUUGUUUGUCUUUUACGCUAUUCAUUUUUAUGGCAGUGUAACCGUUUCCUUUCCUUGACGGGUUUCUAUAUCUAUCUAUCUAUCUAUCUAUCUAUCUAUCUAUCUAUCUAUCUUUCUCUGUUCAUCAUCUAUCUAUUUAUUUCAGUCUGUUCAUUAUCUAUCUAUCUAUCUAUCUAUCUAUCUAUUUCAAGUUCAUUAUCUAUCUCAGUUUGUUCAUUAUCUAUCUAUCUAUCUAUCUAUCUAUCUAUCCCAAUCUGUAUCUGUAUAUAUCGAUCUAAAUCUGUUUCUAUCUAUCUAUCUAUCUAUCUAUCUAUCUAUCUAUCUAUCUAUCUAUCUCAUCCUGUUUUCUUUUUUUGUAUCUUCUCGAUGUCUCCAACUCACAAUAUGUCACCAUCUAUUUCUUACUGUGGCUUUCACAUAACUUUCUUUAUUCUAUCACCCUUUUUUAGUUCUAUCCAGCCUUCCAUUAUCUCUCACGUAAAUACACACACGCAAAUCUAUCUAUCUAUCUAUCUAUCUAUCUAUCUAUCUAUCUAUCUAUCUAUCUAUCUAUCUAUCAUUAUCUAUCUAUCUAUCUAUCUAUCUAUCUAUCUAUCUAUCUAUCUAUCUAUCAGUCUGUUCAUUAUUUAUUUAUCUAUCCAUCGCAGUCAGUUAUCUAUCUAUCUAUCUAUCUAUCUAUCUAUCUAUCUAUCAUCAGUUAUCUAUCUAUCUAUCUAUCUAUCUAUCUAUCUAUCAGUCUGUUCAUUAUUUAUUUAUCUAACCAUCGCAGUCAGUUAUCUAUCUAUCUAUCUAUCUAUCUAUCUAUCAGUCUGUUCAUUAUUUAUUUAUCUAACCAUCGCAGUCAGUUAUCUAUCUAUCUAUCUAUCUAUCUAUCUAUCUAUCAGUCUGUUCAUUAUUUAUUUAUCUAACCAUCGCAGUCAGUUAUCUAUCUAUCUAUCUAUCUAUCUAUCUAUCUAUCUAUCAGUCUGUUCAUUAUUUAUUUAUCUAUCCAUCGCAGUCAGUUAUCUAUCUAUCUAUCUAUCUAUCUAUCUAUCUAUCUAUCUAUCUAUCUAUCUAUCAGUCUGUUCAUUAUUUAUUUAUCUAUCCAUCGCAGUCAGUUAUCUAUCUAUCUAUCUAUCUAUCUAUCUAUCUAUCUAUCUAUCAGUCUGUUCAUUAUUUAUUUAUCUAUCCAUCGCAGUCAGUUAUCUAUCUAUCUAUCUAUCUAUCUAUCUAUCUAUCUAUCUAUCUAUCUAUCAGUCUGUUCAUUAUUUAUUUAUCUAUCCAUCGCAGUUCGUUAAUGCAUGUAAUUCUUUCUUUUCUUUUUUUUUUUCUUUCUUUCAUUCAUUCUUUCUUUCUUUCUUUCUUUCUUUCUUUCUUUCUUUCUUUCUAGCCUGCUCUCCUUUCUUUUUCUUUCUUUCUUUCUUUCUUUCUUUCUAG